AAGACGCAGUAAGUGAAUCAGUUCAGUACAGAGUGUCAUCACAGCAAAUCUGAGAAAAUAAUUUUUCGAAAAACCAUAUAAAACAGCAAGAACAAUGAAGUUUGUUUAUAAAGAGGAGCACCCGUUUGAGAAACGAAAACAGGAAGGGGACAAAAUACGUCGCAAAUAUCCAGAUCGAGUGCCCGUCAUCGUCGAGAAAGCUCCUAGGGCCCGAAUCGGCGAUUUAGACAAGAAGAAAUAUCUGGUUCCGUCCGAUCUUACAGUAGGACAAUUCUACUUCCUGAUCCGGAAACGCAUUCACUUGAGAGCGGAAGAUGCUUUGUUCUUCUUUGUAAAUAAUGUUAUUCCACCUACAUCUGCCACUAUGGGAUCACUAUAUCAGGAGCAUCAUGAAGAGGAUUAUUUUUUGUACGUCGCAUAUUCAGACGAAAAUGUUUAUGGAAGGCAGUAGGAUUAAAAUAUUUGAAAAAAGUGUGGUUUAGAAAGUGAGUUCUGUGUGUUUCACAACUAGUGAUAAUUUAAAACAACUAGCAUUACAUAUGUUUGACAUUGGCACUAAAAUGGCGUAGUAUUCAAAUGGAAGCUUGUGUUUGUUUGAAGUAUUAGUCAUUCUUUGUGCCAACUUUUGACGAAAAACAACAACAAGCAAAUCCUUUGUUUUUUGCUAUUUUAUUUAAACAUUGUCUACAAUUUAUGAUUAUAUACAA